AUGAAGUUCCCAACAGCUCUGGUAAUCUUCGCGUUCGCUACUCUGGCUGCGGCCGAUACUACCAAGAUCCUGUCCAAAUGUUACACUGGGCUCGGCAAGUCUUCAACAGCAAAGGUUGGAACCACUUCGUAUGCUCUCUCGUUCACCGUAAAGGAGGUUCGGACGAAGACUGUCACACCGUCAACAACCAUUACGCCAAAAGCUUUCACACUCACAACCACUCGAGUAUCUCUCCAGACGACUACCACCACUCUUCCUCGGAUCACGGAUACUUUCACAAGCACGAUAGUAGAGGCGACCACGCGAACCUCUACCCUUAUCCUCCCUACAGUCACCUCGAAGAUUGACGUUGGUGUGACCUCAACUCUCACAUCAACCUCUACCGUAGCCACUCCAAAUGGCUUCGUUCCUCUGCGAUCCCAGUUCCCCAACGCCAGACGCGGCGUGACCGAAGAACAUGCCGGCCGUGUCAAUCUCCGAGCAACAGAGAAGAAGAAGUGCUCGUCAAAAGUCAUCAAGCAUAUCGUCUCGCCAACUCUUUACCCGUCAACUGUGAGAUGUGCCGCACUCUUCAACGUCUACAAGACUAGCACCGUCACCAAGACGGCUGCAAAGGUCUCCACCAUCACCGCGCCAACGCCUCUCGUAACCGUAUCAGUGACGACGGUGUCAGUCAUCACAUCGACUAUCAAACCCAUUAUUGCCCAGACAACAAUCUUCCGUACUUCUGUCGUCAUCUCCGUCAUCCAACAGACCAUUACUCCCACCAGCAUCGUCACCAGCACAACUACCGUCACCGAGACUGAACCCGGCGCUACUACAUACGCGGCUUGCGCAGCCAAUAACCAGGUAGCGAGUGUCAACGGCGCCUUAGUCCUCAAGGGUGCGAGCUCCGUUUCGUUCAGCAGCAUCAACACCGAGUCUACGAACCCAUACGACUGUUGUGUUGACUGUCAGGAAAAUGGAGAUUGCUAUGGGUACAACUUCAUGAGCUACAAUUUCAUGGAUAGCAACAGUUGCCUGUUGCUGGCACUGGACGAUGUGGCGCAGGGUCAGUGUGGUCAGUCGCCUACCGGUGUGGCUUUGACGUUUGACUUGAAUGGAACGCCGGAGAUGAGUAGUGUUAUUGGCAAUGGGCCAUGUGGUCAGUACACUUUGUCAGACACACCGGUUUGA